AUGGCUCCUACCAACAACGCCGAACUCCAGAUGGGCCAGGUCUUUGAUGUCAAGGACAAGGUCGUUCUAGUCACCGGUGGUGGCUCUGGAAUUGGUCUCAUGAUUACACAGACGCUUGCUGUCAACGGUGCUAAGGUUUACAUUGUUGGACGGACGGAGGAGAAGCUGGAGAAGGUUGUUGAGGUGCAUGGCCAGAACAUUGCAGGACAGAUCAUCCCCAUCGUCGGAGACUGCAGUACCAAGGACGGUGUAUCCAAGAUCAAGAAGGAGAUCGAAUCAAAAGAGAAGUGCCUCUGCGUCCUCGUCAACAACGCCGGCAUCGCCCCCGGUAAGACCGAAGUAAAAGGCUCCGCCGAAGACCUCGUCUCCAAGCUCUUCGACGGCACAACCGAGCAAGAAUGGCUAGACGUCUACCAAACCAACGUCGUCGGCCCCUUCCUCAUGUCCACAGCCUUCCUGCCUCUGCUCCAAAAGUCCACCGAGACACACCCCGGCUACUCCGGUACCAUCAUCAACAUCUCCUCCAUCUCCGGUCACAUCAAGAUUUCGCAAGGCCACUUUGCAUACAACUCCAGCAAAGGCGCUGCGAUACACCUCAACAAGUUGCUCGCGUCUGAGAUUGCGAAGAACGGGAUCAAGGUUAGGGUUAACUCCAUCGCACCCGGUGUGUUCCCUUCGGAGAUGACCACCCAGGAGAGCAGGGAUGAUAACCAGAAGAGUGAGAUGCCGAAGGAGCAUAAGGAGGGUCUUCCUGCGCAGAGGCCGGGUAAGGAUCAGGAUAUGGCUGCGGCGAUUUUGUUCGCUGUUGGCUGUCAGUACCUCAAUGGUCAGACUGUCACUGUCGAUGGUGGCUACGCGAUUCAGGUUGGCAACUAA